CAGACAGCCAUUCACCUCGCAGCACCCUCAUUCCACACUCCCAGACUUGCCAACUCGCAUACCGAAAUACACCAACCUCCUCCCCAUAAUCGACAUCGAAUAUCGAAUAUCCACCAUCCCGUAUCACCAAAACAGCAGCACAAUGUCCACACCCCCGCAAGACCCCUACUUCAGCACCUCCCAAGACAACAACAACACAGCAGGAGCAGACAGCGACGCCCUGUCACCGCUCGAGCAAGAAGUUUUGGAUGAAUAUGCACGCUUGCUGGGGAAUCUGAAUACCAUGUCAACACUCCUCUCCUCCCUCUCCGACGCACCCAGUGCCGCGAUACUAGAUGGACUGCGCGGGCUGGAGCGCAAGACGAGUCUUGUGUUUACGCUGCUUAAGGCGAGCGUGUAUAGUAUUGUUUUGAAUCAGCAGAUACGGGAGCCGGGGGAAGAGGGGGAGGAGGAGGAGGAGGAUUGAACUGUCACAGGAGGGGAGAUUGGCAGAUGUGGAGGAUGAAGUAAGUAAGGUGUGCAGACAGGUUACGAUGAGAAACAUGAUACCCCUUCCCUUUCCCUUGUAAAUUUCCUAUCGAGAAAACGGGUGGCAGAGCAUGUAUGUGGUAGACACUGGUGGUGGAUGGAUGGAUGUACAAUGCUACAUCUACAAUGCCGAUGCUUUAUGGAUCGGCCAAUGCACUCGAUAGGAUAUGCUAUGAUAUGAUAUGAUACAAGAGUUUUUAUCAUACAAAUACAAGCUAUGCU